GGUACACCAUCGUCGACAUUUGUGGUCGUUACUUCUGCAUCUGAUGACGACUAGUCAUAUCAAUCUAGCCAUAUCGCCGAGUCAAUCAUACCUGACGGCAUGGUCUAGUGAAUGUUCAAAAGUCUAAAAGUCGACUAAUGUGGCGAACCUAUUGUAGGCCACGGAAUCAUCAGCUAAAGGAAAGAACAGGGAGAGAGAUUCAAGAAGGUUAUCUCUGUAUCAGGCUGCCUCGCAUCUCUCUUUUCACUUCAGCAUGGGUUUUUCCUCUUCCAGCAGUUAGCUUGUUGUUACACGAUUGUGGAACAAUAAUGGCCGCUCGGGCCCUAUAAGGUCAAAGGUCAACAAGCGAGAAUUCUGCGCCUUCACUCUAACCUUCAUCCUCUGGACAUCACCUACUUGCCCAGUUCCGAGUCCUUCACUGGCCCAACCUAUCAUGGUUCACAUGAAGUCUUUAACAAUCAAGAUUCCUCCAGCUCCGAUGUCAACUUCCGCUGUCACGCCACUCGGCACUCCAGAUCCUGGAUUGUGGCAUCGAAAGGCUCACAAUCCUGUGGUCAUUCGUGCAGGUCAAACGCUAUUUCGCGUUGACGCCACAUGUCUUUGUCGGGAAUCUGCUGUAUUCUCAAGGUUUAUGCGACAACUUCCGCGAGUAUUUUCGGCAAGUCUUUGUCCCUGGAUCGAAGUCAGUGAUACUGCAGAAGACGUCCGAACUCUUUUAUAUUUCUUGUACGACGACCAGCACGUACCAAAGGACGUCGAUGAAGUACUCACUGCCUUGCGCAUGUGCGUACGGUACGAGAUGGGAGGCUGGACCCUCGUUCACGAACGACUAUAUGAUUUCCUCAUGUUGAUAUACCCUUCAACUUUGGAGGGCCUGGACCACUUGCAAGUUCAACAAAGUUUCUACCCUCACAUUCAGCGCCACUAUUGGCUGAACAGUGAUGUCUGUUUUCGACUGUUGAAUGCCCUUGCAGACAUCAGGAACCAGAUAGACGACUAUACUCAAGUGGAUGACCUUUGGUUUGGCCUGCUUCUUUGUUGUGCUACGCGUCCUUAUGAUGACAUCGAACAAGGCAUCGUCGACUUGGAUGGGAACUGGUGGGAACUUGACCCGGAUCUGCAGGAGUUCAUCCUACACAAAGCCCGCCCAAGUCUAGAUUAUAUAGCACGAAAGAUGACCUACGGUUUCAUCUGGAGCACGAAGUAUCAUCCGUUAUACCUCGAUACACAUCGGCUACGCCGUACCACAUCCAAUGGCAUACGCAAAAAGUGGCCGAAACCACUGCCCAAAACACAUCUGGGUGAACAGUGUCAACCUUUUAGGGAAAGCCUGAAAGGAGAAGUUGAUACGUUCAGAGACGCACAUACGGGAUAUGUGAAUCCAUUCUGGAUGCCGCUCACAUUUCGUGCGGGCAAGCUUUUGGAGUGCGUAACGUGCUGUCGGGAAUGUCGAAAGACGUGGACGAAGUACAUAGAAGAAGGCCGUACUCAUGGAUGGCAGGAGAUUCUCUCUCUUUUCAGAGCGUAUAAUAUAGAACAAUAGUGACUUUAUUGGGAAUCUGAAUGAUACUGCGUAUCGGAGACACU